GAGUCGAGUCAUUCUUGUUUCAAGUCAGGCUGAGAUGUGACGUCAUGUAUUUUCAGCUCAAGUGUGAUAAACCCAGCAAACUUGAGGACAUUCUGGAAAUGUCUGGAUUUCUGACAGUAGAAUAUAUAAGGUGUGAGCUCAGAGUGCUGCAGCAGAUCAGAGACUGAAGACUGGGAGUUCACAUCAGUCAGUUUGAGGGAAGUGAGAGAAGAGGCAGAGACAAUGCUGAGCUAUCGGGCUUUCCACCCUUCACGUCUGUGCCAGCAGCCUGUAUACACACUGGCGCCUGUUGCACACAGGCUCUGGGAACCACUUGAAUGUAACAUGUGGGAACAGGUGGAAGAAGCGAGAAAGGGCAUGAAGUUCAUCCAUCGAGUUCUUGAGGAUCUGACAGCAGAAUGUUUUGGGGAAAUACCAGGAACUGGAGACAACAAAUCUGAUGCUAAUGGAGAAGGUAAAAGACAAUCCGAGGACAAGGAUGGAGAUGGCUUUUCUGUGUCCCUGAAUGUCCAGCACUUCUCCCCAGAAGACCUGAGGGUGAAAGUAAUUGGAAGAAAAGUGCUGGUGACAGGAAAACACGAGAAGAAAUGUGAUGAUGGCAGCGGCUGUUACAGCUACAAAUAUGAAGAGUUCAGGAGAGAAUUCCAGCUGCCAGAGGAUGUCGAUGCUGAAGCUCUUCGAUGCUGUUUGUCACAGGACGGUCGGUUAAAGGUUCAAGCCCCGCCCCUGGCACUGCCAGCUGUGAAUGAACAGACUGUCCCCAUCAACAUCACCUCGGAGACAACAACCACUCCUCGGCUCAAUCCUGACCAAGAGGCAGAGGAACUGGAGAAUGGGAAGGAUGUGGUGAACAAGAAAGCUGAAGAACAGAUGAACCGUCAUAAGACCAUAAGACAAAGGAGCAGAAGUAAGUCCUUUCGGCCCAUCGAGUCCACGCCGCCAUUCAAUCAUGGCGAUGGGCAUUUCAACUCCACUUACCUGCAUUCUCCCCGUAUGGCUUUGUUACAAUGAACUGAUGACAUUGUAAUAAUUGUUCAAAAGCAGCAAUGAAUUUCUGUGAAUGUCAGAUAAAGAGAUAUUGCUGUCCAGUUAAUAGUUUUCAACUUGGAAACCUGUAC